AUGAAUUCCCCUCAAAUGGCCAAUCUCAUGAGCAAAACUGCUGCAGCUGCAGAGGAAUUCAAACGUUUGCUGGCUGCCGAACAGCAGUGGGCAGAGGAGAGAGCGCAUUUUCAAAGUGAGAUCAUCAAGAAAGACCAGGAGAUUGAGAAGCAAAUUGCAAAGAUCAAACGUUUUGAGGAGAGUCGAGCAGUGGAGAUGCAGGCGUUGAGGAAAGAAAGAGAGGAGUCCAACCGUGAUAAAGAAGCUGCAUCGACAAGGAUCACUGCAUUGCUGCGAGAGCUUGACCUGAAGGCGCAGAGUGAGGCUCGAUUCAACUUGGAGAAGAAGAGCUGGGCUGAGAGGAUAGAGAGGCUGGAGAAGAUAAAGGAAAAUGCUCGAGAGGAUGCAGAGAGUGCCGGUCAAGAGGUAGCUAGGUUGCAGAAGGCUUAUCAAGAGUUGUUCAGCAAGAGCAGGUUGGAGAAAGAGCAGCUGUCAAGGCAGAUUCAAGUCCUGGAGGACGACAACACAGACAUGAGAGAGAAGAUCGAGACGCUGCAGGAGCAGCAAAAGGCUUCCUCCGCACAGAUAGAGGCCCUGGACGCUGCCAUCUCCGAGGCUCGGCGGGCCAUCAACCACCUCAACAGCGAGAAGAGCGAACUGUCGCAGCAGAUGGAGUCGAUGGAGCAUGAGAUAGGAGAUGUGCUGCAGCAGCUCCACACGGCUCAGAAUGCCCUUGAAGCAGAGAAGGAGGCUCAUAUCGCAGCCCUGGAGAUUGAGCGGAGUGAACGACAACGGCAACAAGAAUUCUUUGGGCAAGCGUUGGCAGAGGCUGAAGGGGAAUCAAGAAGUGCGCACAGUCAGGACGAGAAGUCUUUCUUGCAGCAGAAGAUCUCAAACCUUGAGGAGGCGAUCGCUCAAGAACGAGCAGAAUGGGAGCAGACAUAUCAGCAAAUGACGGAGGCGAUCGCUCGGAAAGAAAUGGAGCAGGAUGCAGCUGCAGCACACUUGGAAGUGAUGCUCCGAAGCGUGGGGGGGAUCUCCAAGAGCGGGAUGGACGUCGGCAUGUCCACUGUAGGACUGUCCAAGACAGGUAGCGCUGCUGCGACCUCUCCAUGUGCCGCACUGAACGUGCUGGAAGCCGACUUGUCAACAGAAGCGAAUGCACUGAGGUCAAUGAAGGUGCACAACCUCAACGACUCGGGGAGAGUGAUCGAGCAGGAUAGCGCGGUGGAGAGCUCGACGUUUCCUUCCCACUCUCCCGUGGGAGCGUUGACCCCACAAGAGCACGACUGGGACGCAGGUGCAGGCGAGGAGAUGCCAAGGUCUCGCCCUCCCUCGCUGUCGAAACGUCAGAGCAGCUCGCCGAUAUCUGGCGAGAGAUCCAAGUCAAAGACACCCGACAUGCUUCCAAGGUACAUGCAGGACCAGAAGCGACCAGACACAGGAACGACGACGGGCGAGGUGACGCAGUUUUGGAAUGUCGGGCUGCGAGCGGAUUUCUAUGGGGUACGAGACCCGGUCGCUGACGCCAAGUCGGAGUCUGAGGAUCGGCACCUCCUCCGCCCCGGACGGACCCCCCUCAACAUGAAGGACGCACGCGACGCUAAGAAGGCCUGGUAUUAA